CAAAAAAAUGUGUCACUGUUCAUAAAUUUGUGGACCUAAGUGUGAAGUGAAGGUACAACAUAAGGUCCCUUGUGUUUCAGGAAAAGGUGACUGGCAGCACUCUAAAUGGAAGAAAGGAAUAUCUGAAGGCCGACGAGGGCGACAAGGACAAAUGGGAGUUCCUCAACUUUGCCAACGCGUGGACGCCAAGUGAGAUGGUGCUGCCGCUGGAGGGAAGCACAGGAAAUGCCAAAACCGACGUCUUCUUUACUCAUUUUGAGAAAGAAAAGCAGCACGACAUCCGUUCCUUCUUCUCCCCGCAAGCUGGCAAGACGAAGAGGAAGAGAACAGAAGAUGAAGAAAGUCCCUCCAUCUCCUCAGAGACGGCUGCCACGCCAGCUGGCAUCCGGGUAUACUUAGAAAACAGCGAGGAGGGGAACGAGGAGUCAUGCUCCCAAACCUCCAAAACGCCCGAUCGGGAUUUCUCGCCCCAGCUGAAAAGGCUGCGAACACCGCAGCCCAACCGGAGCCCCACGUCUCGAUUUGGGGGGAAGCGGAGGUCGUCUGCGGGGGGGAUCAGCGCAGGCAGACCUGCCAGCGCGGUCUCCCUAACGUCUCAGCCGUCUGAGCCUGAUCCUGCAUCCGUGUGGAAUUGCGGGGCCUGCACCUACUCCAACAGCAGCCUGUUGCCGUACUGCGAGAUGUGUGAGUGCCCGCGCUCUACCUCUGCUGUCAGCUCAGGUAAGAGUAAGGAACAAAUAAUAUCCAAUUAUCCGAUCCCCCCCCUCCUCUCACCAAUCCCACCCCCAACCUGCUGUUUGCGUCUGCCUGUGUGGCCCUCUUCUUCUUCUUCUCCAUCUUUCUCUUUAUUUUGCUGUUGUUUAUUUUUGUUUUUAAUUAAAUUCACAAACCUGAUUGCAAAUCAAACUGAAUUUUAUUAAGGAAACGCACGCGCUUCCAUCAUCUCAUGUCUAAAAUGAAGCACCUGAAGCUGAAAUCCAUUCAUUGCUUUAUUUUCCUUCCUGUCAAUAUCAAUCGUGGCAGUCUGUUGACAUAAUACUUUUGAACAGCAUUACAGAUUUCACCAGAUGGAGAUGCGAGAUAGCAAAAGAUGGAGGCAGACUUCCCAGAGUCUGAAAUAGCACUGCUCAGAGAAUAUUGUCUGUCUCCCUCUCCUCUCCCUCUCUGCAGAUGACAAGGACACAGUAUAAUUCUCACCUGUCAAGCUGAGAGAGAGAGCGAACAGGCGCCUACUAUUGCUGCAAACGUCUCACACAAAGUUGGGAAAAGUUGAGCUGGCUCGAGCUGAUAUCUCUGACAGCCUAUGAUUGUAUCUUGCAAAGAAGAGGGGAGGGAAGUCGUUAUGACCUGGCAGACUGCAGGUCCAUGCUCUUUAGAUGUCUGAGAUGCAUCAAAUCAGUUUGAGAGAUGAUUUAAAAAAAAAUAAAAUCCCCAAACUUGAAUGUAGUUCACAGCUGUAAUGUUUAGGUAACAUGAGUUUAAUACUUUUAGUACUCCACUGGCUGAAUAAAGCCUUAUAUGAGCAUGAGCUAAAGAUAAGUCAUUAGUCAAAAAAAACCUAGUUUACGGCAGGUUAAGGUAGCAUUUACCGAUUGCUUUAUAAAGACAGACUGCACUGCCUGAUCACACACUUUAUUUGAUGCACUUAGAGGAGGCGUAUUACUCUUCUCCUUAUUUGAUGCCACAUAUAUCCUGUUAAAUAAUGAGGUCAGACUCUGUGCAAAGUAAUCCCAGUUAUACACUUUUUUUCUACUCUUGGAUCUAUAUGAUGCCCAAGAGGGUGGACAUCCCUAAUAUGGUCGUUGCAGGCACACAGCCAAGAGCAGCGAGUCAAAAAGAGCAGGUUUAAGGCGAACCAACACAGAGUAUCAACAAAGACCAGCACAAUGAAAAAAGAUUAUUUUGAUGUAUCAAUCAUGAAAAGCUACUGUAGUCCAAGAAUAAAACUGAGAAGUUAAAAAUGAGCACAGCAGGUCAAUUUUAAUCAAUUCAUGUUUUUAACUAUGGUACUUCAGAAAAUUAUUAAAAUGUUUAAAACAGAGCAAAAUGCACACUGAUGAAUGACACAGUUUAAUCUCAGUGUCAGAGUAGUUAUGUAUCCAGACGACUCAUAAAAAAGUAAUUCCACAUGAGCAUAACCUCUGGCCUUCCAGACUGCCAGCUCGAUGAGGUAGCAGAGUACAAUACUGUCAAAUAAAGCCUUUCAGGCUUGAUGAUGAAAUCUAAAUUAUUAGUUGGAGAACAGUAAUUAUAAAGAGCACAUCUACCAUGAAAAGCCUUUUUGCUCCAGUGAGGGUGUUUGCUUUUAUUCACCUUCACUCUGAAAACAUUUGAGAAUUUGGGGAAGAAGAAAAGAGGUGGGGGGGACACACUUGUUGGCGCUUUUACCAAAAGACAGGUGAUGAUUGAUGUCAGCCUCGUGUUCGUGAGCUAAAUAUGGAGCUGGAGUCGGUUGGCUUUGAGAACAGCUAAGCUAGAUGUUUCACUAAGUUUAAAAGUACCGUUAACCUUGUAAUGCCUAAACCGUAAAAUAAUUGCAAAAAAAUUAACAUCUUUGAAACUGCAGUGUUUAUUGAGAUACUCUUGGCGUUACAGGGUUAACAGGAUUUGUUAAAUACGAUGUGUCGCAUUUAUUCAAUCUAUGCCUUUUCCAGGUUUUACAUUUUGGAACCAUGGCGGACAAAGAAAGUCCCAGGAGGACACCAUAGAUUGUUUAUGAUAAGACACAGCCUCUGAAAAAGGCCAGAGCUCACCAUACUUUCUA